GACGGAAGGAAGGAAGGAAAGGAGGAAGAAAUAAAGGAAAGAAGGGAAAGAAGGAAGGAAGGAAGGAAAGGAAAGAAGGGAAAGAAGAAAGGAAAGGAAAGAAAGGAAGGAGGGAAAGAGAGGAAGGAGAAAUAAAGAACUAGCUUGGCUACAAAUGGAAGGGAAAGGAAAAGAAAAAGAAGUAAAAGUAAUGAAGGACUGAAGGGAAAAGAGAAAGAAGGGAAGGGAAGGAAGGAGAUGCAGGAGCCCCUUCUUUGCUUUGUGUGGGGAUGAAGCCCCCUUCUUUGCUUAUGGGGGGUUUGCUGCAUUAACCCCAAAGCAACUGGGGAGGGGGGUCUUGUCGCAUUGCCCCCAGGCCCCCCAGUUGUGGACCUGCUUUGCCUCCCUGGCCUGGCUCUGCAGAGGAAACCGAGGCAAACUUUCUGCCGGGCUGCUCCUUCCUCUGCGCAUGCCCCGUUCCCCCUCUGCUCUGCUCUCCUCCUCCUCCUCCCCCCAAAACAUAAACAGUAGUAAAUCUCUCCUGGCGCAUCCGUGCCAGUGGCUGGGACUCUCACACAGACACACACACACACACACACACACACACAGAGACUCUUUCUGGGGCCUGGCUGCAGGGCGGCCUUCCUGUGCGCACAGACCGCCUCUGGCCCUCCCUUGAGCAUCGGCCACAGCACUGGACACUGGGAAGGAACUGGGACCCAACUGGGAGGAAGGAGAACAAGCACACACAUAUCUUGCAGUUUGAACAGCAUGAUAUGGGUCUACACUGACCUUAUAACACAGUUCCAAACUUAAUUAUAUGGCAGAGAAGAUCCAGCUUAAUUGCAGUUGGCAGGAGACAAUCACCUUGCCUGGAUUUCUGCACCAAAGGGUUUUUGGGAUCUGGUAGCUGGAAGGCCAUGGGGAACAGCAGAGCCAGCCGCCGAUGCAGAAGGAGCCGGACUUGAAGAUGCCGAGCCGAGCCUCCUGCCUGAGCAGAGUGGGGGUCCUCUUGGCAGCCGUCCUGGUGACCACGUCCAUCACCAUGUCCGGAGAGUGGGGUGAGGAAGGGGUGACCUAUGGCCAGAUAGGGAAGGAUGUGACCCUGACCUGCGCCGGAGGAAGUUCCAGCUCCUCCGUCACGUGGCGCUGGAACGGGGCCCCGAUCCUCCCCGAAGGCUCUGCGGUCCAUCAGGGCCAGCUCUUCCUGACGCAAGCCCAGCGCAAUGCCGAGGGACUCUACAGCUGCCACGACGCCGGAGGGACCCUCCUGGGCUCCACCACGCUCCGCCUCGGACGCCUUCCAGAGAUGCCUUCCAUUUCAUGCCAGGCCUCCGACUACGAGAACUUCUCCUGCUUCUGGGCCUCCAGCGUCGAGACCUUCCUUCCCACCAAAUACAUCACCACCUACAGGAAAAGGCAGCUACUUGGAAAUGGGAAUCAAAGUUCCCCAUCCGGCGACGUGAGGCCGUGCGUCCAGGACCCCUCCCGCCCAUUCUCCUGUACGGUCAGCAAGUCUGAGUUCUGGAGCACCUAUCGCAUGAACGUGACGGAGGUCAACCCACUGGGAGCCAGCUUCCGCCUCCUGGACGUCACCCUCCACGCCAUCAUCAAGCCGGACCCUCCGGAGGGCCUUCGGGUGGAUCCGGUGCCCUUUGCCCCCCAGCAGCUGCUGGUCAGCUGGGCAUACCCGUCCAGCUGGCCAAAGAAGCCCUCCUUCCAGCUUCAGUUCCGGAUCCAGUAUCGGCCCAUCGUCUACAGCUCCUGGUCGGUGGUGGAGACGGGCAACCUGUCCAAGGUGAUCACGGACGUGGUGGCCGGCCUGGUCCACGUGGUGCAGGUCAGCGCCAGGGACUUCUUGGACGCCGGCAGCUGGAGCGAGUGGAGCCCCGAGGCCUGGGGGAUGCCUGCCAGCGGACAAGUGGCCACAGUGGGCAACGAGCUCGAAAGUCCGGCAGAGGAUCCCUCCUUGGCCCCCAACGAGUCAGUCGCAACAGGUCGUAGUGAUCCCACGGAGAAGGUGGCGGUGCUGGUGCUGCUGGGCGUCUUUGCCUUCUUUGUCCUGGCGGUCAUCUUGGUCUUUGCCUUCCUGAUGUGGACCCGGAUGAAGAAGCAAAGCAAAGAAGCCACGAAAAACCACGACCUCCUUGCAGCGGCCAUCCACAUGAAGGCCUUGCCCAAAGCCCAGAUCUUGUAACCUGGAUCGAGAGGGGCACCCCAACAUUCACCUCUUCAACUGCAGCUGACCAUCAACUUCCCAAAAGGAGUUUCCCCUUUGCUGAACAUCCAUUCAAACACCCUUUCCCAGAAGCAAACUGGAGGCUACUGGUUUUGGACUCAUCCCACAGCCUCUGCCUUGCAGUGGGCAACGAACUGCCAUUUGCAGAAAGUCUUCAUGCCCACUACAGUGGAAUCGGUGACCAGAGACAUUGGGUCGAGAGGAUGGACAUUCCACCCAACGGUCACUCUUCGGACACCCCCAAACCAUACGAAAGCAUGGGACCAUUUAUUGGUGGGCAAAGAACCAUAGUUUGCAAAAGGUCUCCCUGUCCACCAGACUGGCAAACGGGAAGGACUGACUGUUGGAAGGGACAAAGGAUGGACACUAGCUUGGCUGAAUCGGCACCCCGAAAUGGUCCACAUUAAUCCCUUUGGGACUUCAGGGCUAUGGGUUGGCUUGACCUGACGCCAUGAACUCAUGGGUUGUAAUGCUCCACAAACUACUCACAAGGUAUUGUGGUUGAAGCUAGAGGAUGCAAAGCAUUGUGGAGGAUCGGGACCCCUUUUCCAGAGAUGGAAGAAAGCAGCCCAGAUUUCCCUGAACUCCAACCGUAUUGGCAAAGGGUGCAAACGCCAGCUCAUGCGCACAUCCAUGUCUUCCCGUGUGAUGUCUCAUUGCGCACACAUUUGCACAUGGCCAGCAAGGGACAUUUCCUGGCCAUGAAUUAAAUUCCUGCUUUUGUUUUUAUUGGUUUGUAAGAAAUCUGGACCCUGUGAGGAUGUCGAUGGGAAAUGGCCCAAAUCAGUGCUUGUUUGAAACCUUUUCGGGGCAAGGAGGGACCCGGUUGGCAGACAUCCCUACAAUCCCUAGAAUCGUAGACUUGUAAGGCAACCCUGGGGUCAUCUAGUCCAACCCUCUGCUAUGCUGGAAGGCACAACUAAAACACUCCUGAAAGACACUCAUCCAUCCCCUGUUGAGAGCCCAUCCCCUUCCAUGAUUUGAACGACAAAGGUGUUGGAUAUAUUAUGUAGCAUGGAGAAGAAUCCUAGAAUGCUAGAGUUGGAAGGGUCCACAUGGGCCAUCUAGUCCAACCCCACUGCCAGGCAGGAAAAGCACAACCGAAUCCUUAAAUAAAUAUCAUGUCAAGUUGGUGGGACCCUAAAGGCCAUCCAGUCCAACCCCAUUCUACCAGGUAGGGAGAGAAGAUGGAGCCAGGUUGCUUUCUGCUGCUCCAGAAAUUAGAAGGUGAAUCAGAAAAGUUUAGGGAGAACCUCUUGGUCAGCCCUUCAACAGGCAUUGGACGGGCAUCCCUCAAGAGUGGCCAUAGGGUUUGAACAGACCCAAGGGCAUCUUGUAUUGGAGGGAUCAGUGGGCUAGAGUCCAGCCUUAUCCUUGCCACACUGGCAACUAGAUGUGAUGGUUGAUUGGGAUAUGGCCAAAAACGGGGAGGUAUUGGGUGUGACAGGUAGGAGCAUGUUAUCAAACAUUGAGGUGGGUGGCAAACUGCACCAAAAAUAGGGGUUUGAGGGUCUUUAUGCAUCUCCAAAGGUCUAUUGGGGUCUGCACACACUCCUAAGGAUUUGCAUAUGCCAGAUAUACCUAUUGGGGUUUGCAUAAAACAUAUGCACCUGUUGGGAUUUCCACGUGACCUGUUGAGGCUUGCAUGUGACAUAUGUACCCAUUGGGGUUUGCAUUUGACAUGUUGAGGCUUGCAUAUGACAUAUGUACCCAUUGCAGGUUGCAUAUAACAUAUUGAGGCUUGCAUGUGACAUAUGCACCCAUUGGGAUUUGCAUAUGACGUAUUGAGGCUUGCAUAUGGCAUACGUACCUGUUUGGGUUUGCAUAUGGCGUAUUGAGGCUUGCAUAUGGCAUAUGUACCUAUUGGGGUUUGCAUUUGACAUGUUGAGGCUUGCAUAUGACAUAUGUACCCAUUGCAGGUUGCAUAUAACAUAUUGAGGCUUGCAUGUGACAUAUACACCCAUUGGGGUUUGCAUAUGACGUAUUGAGGCUUGCAUAUGGCAUACGUACCUGUUUGGGUUUGCAUAUGGCGUAUUGAGGCUUGCAUAUGGCAUAUGUACCUAUUGGGGUUUGCAUUUGACAUGUUGAGGCUUGCAUAUGGUAUAUGUACCCAUUGGGGUUUGCAUAUGACAUACUACGGCUUGCAUAUGGCAUAUGUACACAUUGCAGGUUGCAUAUAACAUAUUGAGGCUUGCAUGUGACAUAUGUACCUGUUUGGGUUUGCAUAUGACAUAGUGAGGCUUGCAUAUGGCAUAUGUACACAUUGCAGGUUGCAUAUAACAUAUUGAGGCUUGCGUGUGACAUAUGUACCUGUUUGGGUUUGCAUAUGACAUAGUGAGGCUUGCAUAUGGCAUAUGUACCUAUUGGGAUUUGCACAUGACAUGCUAAGGCUUGCAUGUGACAUAUGUACCCAUUGGGGUUGGCAUAUGACAUACUGAGGUUUGUAUAUGGCAUAUGUAUUCACUGCAGGUUGCAUAUAAUAUAUUGAGGCUUGCAUAUGGCAUAUGUACCUAUUGGGGUUUGCAUAUGACAUAUUGAGGCUUGCAUAUAGUAUAUGUAUGUACUUAUUGGGGUUUGCAUAUGACACGUUGAGGCUUGAAUAUGGCAUGUGACCAUGAGCUGCGGUUGCAGCAUUGUGGUCUAAGUGGCCAAAUUGCCCCCCAAUAGCUCUAGUUUGGGAGUGUCUGGUGUGACUGGUAGGAGAUUUGGUCUUGCUAGGCCUGCCUGACUUCCCGGUCCAUGUUUAUGCCCUUUCAUAAACAAACUGGGGGCAAGAUUGCAUUAUUGGGUGACCCAGGAAGGAUACGCUGGCAAAGAGUGGAGCAUGUGUGUUUGUAUCUGAACUGGCAUGCCCCAAAUCCGGAGCUAAGCCAACUUGCAAAUGCAAAUCCAGAGCCGUUCCUCCCACGCGCCUGGGCCGGUGCCAGAGCCAAACCGGGGCCGGGUUCUGCAGAUGGUGCCAAACUUGCCGCCUCUUUGCCAAACCCUCGGAGGCAGCAACACUUGAUGGAAACUUCCUGAGAUGAAGGCAGCGGUGGCGGCGGGCGCCAGGAGGAGGCUAAAAAUAACCGGGAACACUUUCUGCCGCCAAAGGGCUUGGCAGGGCUUGGCUGGGCAUCGGGGUCAAGGCAGCCUUUUCCUGGCAGCACAAAAGGAGGGAGAACCUGCAAAAGGAAAGAAGGAAGGAAGGAAGGAAGGAAGGAAGGAAGGAAGGAAGGAAGGAAGGAAGGAAGGAAGGAAGGAGGGAAAGAAAGAAAAGGUGACCAUUGUGCAGGUCCUCCCAACAAGUGCCUCCAACAAACUACAAAUCCCAGGAGUGCAAAUGGUGAAGCAAUGGCAAAAGAGAGUGCGGACUUAUGUGUCCUGCACAUGGAAUCUUUUUCUCUUUUCCCACAAGCAUAGUGGUGUUACUCCCCUUCCUGUAGCUCACCAUGUUUGCAUCCACACUGCACAAUUAUGGGGCCUCUGGUGGCACAGUGUGUUAAAGCGCUGAGCUGCUGAACUUGCAGACCGAAAGGUCCCAGGUUCAAAUCCCGGGAGCGGAAUGAGCGCCCGCUGUUAGCCCCAGCUCCUGCCAACCUAGCAGUUCGAAAACAUGCCAAUGUGAGUAGAUCAAUAGGUACCGCUCCAGCGGGAUGGUAACGGAGCUCCAUGCAGUCAUGCCGGCUACAUGACAUUGGAGGUGUCUACGGACAACGCCGACUCUUGGGCUUAGAAAUUGAGAUGAGCACCAACCCCCAGAGUCGGUCACGACUGGACUUAACGUCAGGAGAAAACCUUUACCUAUUUACACUAUGUAACAAAAAUUGAAUUUUUUUUCUAUUCCUGGUUUGAAAGUGUUAUUGCAGUAUCAUUGUGCAGUCCUUACUUUGGAAGUACAGUAGUUGUUCUAGUCCAGAAACUUUUUUUUUGUGGCACAAACUACAGUAGAGUCUCACUUAUCCAACAUUAACAGGCUGGCAGAACAUUGGAUAAGCGAAUAUGUUGGACAAUAAAGAGGGAUUAAGGAAAAGCCUAUUAAUCAUCAAAUUAGGUUAUGAUUUUACAAAUUAAGCACCAAAACAUCAUGUUAUACAACACAUUUGACAGAAAAAGUAGUUCAAUACACAGUAAUGCUAUGUAGUAAUUACUGUAUUUACGAAUUUAGCACCAAAAUAUCACAAUGUAUUGAAAACAUUGACUACAAAAAUGAGUUGGAUAAUCCAGAACGUUGGAUAAGCAAGUGUUGGAGAAGUGAGACUCUACUGUAGUUGUUCUAGUCCAGAAACUUCGUUUUUGUGCCACAAACUACAUUGAAUGGAUUGAAACUCAAUGAGAGAAUCAUUGAAAAACUAUAGGAAAGUGUACUGCAGGAUGUUCCUCCCGCAAAAGCAAAGUUUUUGAAGUUUAGUAAACUUUUCCCAUGUUUUUAGGAUAGAAACAAUUAGGAAAUGACAUUGAUAACCCAGGAACAAAAAUCCUAGUGUUACACAGUGUUACUUGCAAUCCCGGGAUUUGUAGUUUGGUGAAGGUAUAAUAUGUAUAUGUUAUAUGCAACCUGUAAUGAUUACAUAUGCCAUAUGCAAGCCUCAAUAUGUCAUGUGCCAACCCCAAUGGGUGAAGGUACUGAGGAUUUCUACUCUGCAGCCAAGUUGGUGAGCAGAUCAGGUUUGCAUCCACACAGCACCAUUAUAGCAGUUUUGAUUCCACUUUCACUCUUGUUGCUGUUUCACUUGCCAGCAUGGGAUUUGUAGUUUGAUGAAGGAAUUUAGGAUUUCUACCUUGCAGCCAGGUUAAUGUGUAGCCUAUCCACACUGCACCAUUGUAGUAGUUCGAUUGCACUUUCGCAGCCGUAGCUCCAUCAUUUGCAAUCCUGGGAUUUCUAAUUUGGUGAAGAUAUUUGGGAUUGGGGUUGUUGUGUGUUUUCCAGGCUGUCUGACCAUGUUCCAGAAGCAUUCUCUCCUGAUGUUUCACCCACAUCUAUAGCAGGCAUCCUCAGAGGUUGUGAGGUAUAUUGAAAAACGAAGCAAGGGAGGUUUAUAUAUAUAUUUGUGGAAGGUCCAGGGUGUGGGAAAGGACUCUUGUCUGUUGGAGGCCAGUGUGGAUGUUGUAAUUAAUCCCCUUGAUUAGCAUUUAACAGAGGAAUUCCAGACAGGAAUCAAUCCGGUGUAAAGAUACAGUUGUCCUAUUGCUAACUAAUAUCCAGAAUAGAACAUAGGUAACAAACUAAACAAAGUCUUAGGAAUGCAUGGUCUGAAACUGUGGUUCACACUUUAAAUAAAUUCAGAAGAAAUGAUCAGUUGUUUAUUUCAUUGACCAUGCAUUCCUAAGACUUUUAUCUGUGUGGGACAAUACUGAAAUUCAAAGUCACUGAAUAUACUUAUCUGUUACUGAAAAAACAUACAAGCAUGAAAAUAAUGUUUGAUGUAAUGUUGUAAACAGUCUUCAUCUGUGCAUUACUCUUGUGCCUGUAAUGAUUAUAAUUAGUUUGUUAACUAUGUUCUAUUCUGGAUAUUAGUUAGCAAUAGGACAACUGUAUCUUUAAACGUAUUCAUAGAUUUCUGUGUACUUUUGUGUUUUGUAUGAAUCAAUCAGGGGAAGCUAAUGACUCUGAACAAAGGAUUCCCCCAGGCCAGGUUGUGAGGUUGGGAAGGCCAUUUAAUGCUAACAAAGGUGAUUAAUUGCAACAUUCACACUGGUCUCCAACAGACAACAAUCCUGUCUUCCACCCUGGACUUCCCACAGAUAUAUAUAAACCUUCCUUGCUUAGUUUCUUCAUAUACCUCACAACCUCUGAGGAUGCUUGUCAUAGAUGUGGGUGAAACAUCAGGAGAGAAUGCUGCUUCUGGAACAUGGCCAGACAGCCCGGAAAACACACAACAACCCUGUGAUUCUGGCCAUGAAAGCCUUCGACCACAUUUGGGACUUCUAUUCCUCUGACCUUAUAUAUGGCGUGAGUGAUUCCCACCCAAUAAUUCUUUCGCACCCCAGAAAAUUUACAAAAUGCCAAGUGAUAUAAUUGUGGAGUGCAGAUACUCCCCAAGAGAGUAUUUUUGUUGCCAUUCCUUCACAACACUUUCAUCCUGCAUUCGCUGUCAUGGUUCCUUCCUUCCUGGCAAAAGGGGGCUGGACUGGAUGGCCUUUGGGGGCCCCUUCCCGCUCUAGGAUUCUAGGAUUCCCCGCUGCCUUCUUGUCCCUGCCAUUGGAGGCCAGAGCGGCCACUCUUCCCUCCCGGACCCUGGGCCACCCUGCCCCACCUGCGCCCUGUUUCAAGGAGGCACCUACCUGCCCGUCGGCCUCCUCCCUCUUGUGACAAUAAGCUAAUGCCGGACUGUAUCGUAGCGGCAGGUUUUGUUGCGCUCGCGUUAUCAAUAAAGUGACCUGAAGGAA